AAAUAACGUGAACUAAGUUGCUAACAGUUGACAACGCUUGGAUUUUGUAACAGCUAAACUCUGGCGAUUAGUUUUCAGCCGAGAAGAUCACGAUGAAGAUGUGGGUGUUUUUGUGUCUGUUUGUUGGUUUGACCCACGCUAAUCGGGUAAGGAAGGUAGCCAUGCCGACAGAAUUACGGAAUGUUAUGGCCGACGUAAAUUCCUUGGACUCUUUUCUGCGAGUUGUGAAUGCAGUAAAGUUGAGAGCCGUCAUAGACGAAUUAAGGAUCCAUAGCAGAGGCAACAAAGGUCUACUGCAUCAAGGAAUACCUGCAAAUGAACAUGGCUCACUUGAAAAAUCUGAGAUUCCGAGCCAACUAGCAAGUGUUCUCCAGGAUUCUGAUCUACCUCAUGUCAUUCUGAAUAAUGCGCCUUGUGCUCCGCGUCCUGAAGUAAUAGAAGUACCUCAGCCUAAAAAUGAAAACGCUUUUUAUUUUCCUUUUUUUGUGACUUUACACCGUUGUGGCGGCUCCUGCAACGCUAGGCCGUUUGAAACAAAUUGCCAACUGCAAGCAAAAGAGGACUUCAAUCUUCUUGUGAGCAAGACGUCUUGGUCAUCAUCAUCAGACAGACUUAACGAGACAUCAUAUGAUAUUGCUGCAGUCCGCAUGACGAAUCACUCAAGUUGUUCGUGCCAAUGUAAAGUUAAACCUUCUGAUUGUGAUAAUCGAACCCAAAGCUACUCUAAAGAACAUUGUAGAUGCGAUUGUAGAAAGCGUUUUAUGCGUUGUCCACAAAACUACCGCUGGGAUCCAAUCAAAUGCCAGUGCACGUGCAGUCCAAGUAAUGCAGUUCUAGCUGAGUGCACAAAACGCGUCGAGUUUGAUAUGGAAACGUGCCGGUGCACGUGCAGCAAGAAACGUUGCAAACCUCGUGCAAAAGUGCGAGACCCCAAGACCUGUAGGUGCAAGUGUCCUAAGUGCCCUCAACCAAGGAUGAGGCAGAAUUUACAGUCAUGUACCUGUACCCAUUCUAUUAGGAAAUUCAGUAAAUUACGACGUCGUUACGACUAAACCAAAAUGAGAAAGUCGCAGGGAGACUUAAAGCAAAGAACGACACGACGACAUCGAAAACGAGGAGAAAAUACACUAGAACAAUGGCUAAGGCAGGCUUGUCAAAAAUAUUUUGAGGAACUGGACUGUGAUACUAAGGAGGUGGGACUAGAGAUCGAAGGUCCCUCUGCAGGCGAGGGCCUGGGAGCCACAAGCACUCAGAAUAGCCGACGAGUUUAUCAGGCUGAAUGGUAAAAUUCGCUGGCUGCUUGCUUGUUUUGACAACCCGGCCCGAGACAUGUGUUUGAAAACUUAUAGAUUAUUUCAGUGCCGGCCGUCCAUCUUCUACAAAACGGCAACAUGAAAUCACCAAAUUUCAUGUACUCCGAGAACGGGAACGGAAGCUCGGUGCACGUUUCCUUUUUGGAAACUGAUGUUGCCUUCAAUUGUUGCUGAAGGGGAGAUCUAACGUUGUUAGAGAUCGUUACUUCAAUGAUUUGAAAACUUGAAGUUAUCUUAAGGGACGUAAACUUAUUCUUUUGAUCAACGCCCUUUCGGCGUCGUUGUCGUCAAUGCUUUAAAUCCCCAAUAAACUCUUUAUCGUUACUCUUCAGGGACAUUUUGUACCAUUUAGAAAGAGCUCGCCAUAAAAAAGGCGAAGCUAGAGGAAAGAAAAUUAGAUACAUUUUGAUUCAUGCAGUUCUCCCUCGGCCAUUUUCUCAUCAACAGCCACAAAAUCGUAAUUCACCCUCAUUAACUGAAAACUAACGGUGGCCGUUUGAUACCGAAAACCGAACUUUGAGUAAUAUAAUUUUCUAUUGAGUGUCGAAGAUAGUCUGAGAUUGCUUUGGUUUUGUUUUGCUUACUUGGUCCAGAAAACUCGAAACAUUUCCACAACAAAUCAAAUUGCUUAGGGUACCUUGCUUGUUCUUUCUUUGAGUUCUAAUUAAUUCGUUGGGAUAUUUUCCUGGAUUCUGAUUGGCUGCUGUGAUCGCGACUCUCAAUUGAAUUAGAACACGACACUUUUUAAAUCUUUUGUGACCUUUUAUUGUAUAGUAGAUAUUUUUAGGAACAUAUUCGUAAUUUUAUAUGUAAUAAAUUAAUUUUUAUCGUACGACAGUAUUGUUUUUUGUAACAUAAGGGCCUUUUUGAACACUAGCCUCGUCCCUGAAUGGGCUACCCUGAAUAAAUAAAGUUUAUCACUUCACAUCGCA